UGAUUACCUGUACAUCUACACAUCGUAUCAUUUACGAUCAAACCAGAUAAUUGUCCAUUAUUUAUUUAAACAAAUUGAAAACCAACACAAAAAGUCAAAAGUCAAAUUUGCCCACCUUCUCCAUUAUUUCCCUCUCUCUUCCUCUUAGCGACCAGCCAUUUUAAUUCCAAAACCCAAAAUCACGAACCAGAAGAGAAACAAAAUAGAGAGAGGAGAAGAGAAAGAAGGAAAUAAUGUGUGGGAUAUUUGCGUAUUUGAAUUAUAGCGUCAACAGAGAGAGAAGGUAUAUCCUUCAGGUCCUCUUCAAUGGCCUUCGCCGUCUCGAGUACCGUGGCUAUGAUUCUGCCGGAAUUGCCAUUGACAAUACCGAUCCAGUCACUGUCUCUCAAUCCGCUUCUUCUUCUGAAUCUCCGAAUUCUUUCUCUCUUUCACCUCCUCCUCUUGUCUUUCGUCAGGAAGGAAAUAUUGAAUCCCUUGUAAAAUCAGUUUAUCAAG